CAUUUAGUUUCAUAUUUUUUGUGUCAAUUCCAGAAUCCUUUUCAUAUCGUAAUUUUAAAAUUCUUGCAAGAAUAUAUAUCAUAUAGCUUUGGAUAUCUUUGGCAAAAUUAAACUGCGAGAACAUAAGUACGCAAGUAUUUAUUUAUUUUUUGCGCGGAUGGCUCAAGAAAUAGUAAAGCUCGAUAGAGAGGAUGUUGUUAUUGCUGAAGAAAUUGGUCGUGUUGGAGUGAUUACGAUUAAUCGGCCUAAACAAUUAAAUGUCAUUUCAGACAAAGUGAUAUUAUUGCUGGGAGAGAAGCUCGAGAAAUUAGAGAAAGAUGAUAGUACAAAGCUUGUCAUCAUCAAGGGAGCAGGAAAAGCUUUUUCUGCUGGUGGGGAUUUGAAAAUGUUCUAUGAUGGUCGAAAAACAAGAGAUUCGUGCCUUGAAGCUACUUAUCGGAUGUAUUGGCUUUGCUAUCACAUUCAUACAUAUAAGAAACCCUUGGUUGCUCUUGUUCAUGGAAUGUCAAUGGGCGGAGGUGCAUCUUUGAUGACUCCAAUGAAAUUUUCAGUUGUCACUGAAAAAACUGUAUUUUCCACUCCAGAAACACUUAUAGGGUUCCAUCCAGAUUGUGGUUUCUCAUAUAUGCUUUCGCGACUUUCUGGUCGAUUAGGAGAAUACUUGGGAUUAACAGGAGCAAGGCUAAAGGGUAAAGAGGUUGUUGCUGCAGGACUUGCCACACAUAUUGUCCCUUCUCAGAAAUUGGUUGAGCUAGAGAAGUGUCUAUUAAGCUUAAACAGUGGUGAUGAGAAUGCUAUUGAAUCUGUUAUCAAGGAAUUUUCGACAGAUUUUGAGAUACAUGAAAAUAGCAUCUUGCAAUUGAAUAGGAUGUCCAUAAUCAACGAAUGUUUUUCCAAGGAUACUGUCGAGGAGAUAUUGAUGUCAUUUGAAGCUGAGGCACAUAAAUUAGGAAAUGAUUGGAUUCAACCAGUGCUUAAACACCUAAAGAUAUUAUCCCCAACGGGACUAAAAAUAACACUAAGAUCGAUUCGAGAAGGAAGGAAACAGACAUUAUCUGAGUGUUUGAAGAAAGAAUUCAGAAUCUCGAAUAAUAUAUUAAGGAGAACAAUAUCUAAUGAUUUCUACGAGGGCAUAAGCGCUAUUGUCAUUAACAAGAAUAACUCUCCCAAGUGGUGUCCUACAACUCUAGAGGAGGUGAAAGAUGAGCAAGUCAACUUGAUUUUCAAAAAUUUCGAACAACAUUUGGAACUCCAGAUUUCAGAAAAGAACGAGCACAGGUGGAAAGGGAAAUAUGAUAAUUCACCUUAUUAUUAUCAUAUUAAUCAAGCUAUGAAGAUUCAAAAAGUGUUGCCAUCAACAACUCCUGGAAUUGGUCUUAUACAGUCUGCCUUGUGAUAUAAUUAGCAAAAGUUGCAUCAUUGAAACAAUAUAAAUUAUCAGCUAAAAUUAACCAAGAGAUCCAUCAUUUUGAAACCGAUAUACGUAUUGUCCGCUAAGAGUUUUUUUUGUUUUAGUUCUAUUGGAAAUCAAUGUAACAAUUUUGAGAAGAAAUUAUUGUACUCUAUUUUCAUAUAUGUUGAGAAUAUAAUUAAAUAAUAAAAGUAUGUUCUCUGUAA